UUCAAGCCUCUGGCAACUUCUUCUCCAUUUCUCGGCCUUCCCAUUGUUCCAUUGUUUGCCUCGUUGAAUCCUGAAACGAGAACAAAACCCAGAAACCCAUCAAAAAAAUCUUUCCUCCAAUUUUUCUUCAAAUUUUCAUUGUUAAAGACCAAAACCCGGAAAUCCUUACGUUGGAAAGUGGAAUAAAGAGCAAUGGGAAGCGCGCCCGCACAGAUUCCGACGAGUUUCGGACACGAGCUCCGGGCUUGCCUCCGUUGCCGCCUCGUCAAAACCUACGAUCAGUUUAGGGAAUCGGGAUGUGAGAACUGCCCAUUCUUUAAAAUGGAUGAGGAUAAUGAACGCGUCGUCGAUUGUACCACUCCUAACUUCAAUGGGAUAAUCUCUGUGAUGGAUCCGUCUAGAAGUUGGGCUGCUCGUUGGCUGCGAAUUGGAAGAUUUGUCCCCGGUUGUUACACUCUUGCUGUUUCAGAGGCACUUCCAGAAGACUUGCAGAAUUUAUGCGAAGAAGUGCAUGUGCAGUAUGUGCCACCUAAACGGGUAUGAGACAAGAGUCCUGGUAACAUUGUAUGUAACCAUCGAAAAACUGAAUUGCAUUUUGCGAGUUAUGAUCGUUUUUUGAUGCUUUUGUAAAAGUAUUGCUCCAUUGUCUUGGCCAUCAAUGAAAUUGUAUGUAAACAAUUUCUGGGUUUGAACAACUUAUAAACACUCUAGUUAUUUACAAGGUAGGAUUUGUAUGAAAUUUGGUUAGAACUUCGGGUUUAUGAAUUAGUUUUCAGAAUUUUGUUGGAAGAA